ACAUUUCUUAACGGAACGUACUGAAUUAAAACAUUUCCUACACGGACUGUUUUGAGUGAGGCACAAUUCUUUAGAUUCCGACUGGUGUCCGACUUGCAGCGACGUCUUCCACAUUGUUUAGUGUCAGAGAAAGAGAGGUAUGAACGACUGGAGUCCAGUGGCUAAAGUCUACGACCCUCUCAAGGCGGGCAGCAUCGAUGGCACAGACGUGGAGCCCCAUGACCGGGCCGUCUGGAGAGCCAUGGUCGCCCGCUACAAACCCAACAAAGCCGUGGUGGGGGACCCGCUCCUCACUCUAUUCGUGGCCCGCUUGAACCCUCAAACAACGGAUGAGAAGCUGAAUGAAGUGUUCUCCAAUUACGGGGAUAUCCGCCGCCUGCGCCUGGUGAGGGACAUAGUGACUGGGUUCUCUAAGGGAUAUGCCUUCGUUGAAUACAAAGAGGAGAGGUCCGUGGUCAGGGCGAGGCGAGACGCCAACAAACUAGUGGUGGACCAAAGUGAGUUGUUUGUGGACUUCGAGCAAGAGAGAACCCUGAAGGGAUGGGUACCUCGUCGGCUGGGCGGAGGGCAGGGGGGCAAGAAGGAGUCUGGUCAGCUGCGGUUUGGUGGGAAGGACAGACCCUUUCGCAAACCCAUCAACCUUCCUGUCACCAUGAACCAGGAAUGGGGUGGCGGUGGCAGAGAGUGCGAGAGAGAGGAGCGCUACAGAGAUGGGUCCCUGAGCCGUGAGAGAGAGGCUGAUUGGGGGAGUAGGGGGAGGAGAGAUGACAGAGGGAGAGAGAGAGGUGUAGAACGGGAGUACCACCGAGAGAGGAGGGAUAGGAGUUAUGAGAGGGAGUCGACGAGAGAGCGGGAGUCGACGAGGGAGCGGGAGUCGACGAGAGAGCGGGAGUCGACGAGAGAGCGGGAGUCGACGAGAGAGCGGGAGUCGACGAGAGAGCGGGAGACGACGAGGGAGCGGGAGUCGACGAGAGAGCGGGAGUCGACGAGGGAGCGGGAGUCGACGAGAGAGAGAUGUGACAGGAGAGAGAGGGAUGACAGAAGACACAGGGAUGAUAAGUACAGACACAGAGACAGGAGAUGAAACUCAGUGGUCCCUCUGACAUCUGAAAGGAUGCAUGGGUGGAGCAAGUAUUACAAAAACGUUUUGACUACAUUGGUCUUUUUUUCCCCCACCUGGUUGGUGUGGACAGGUGAUGUCAUCACACCCAUUUCUUCACUGUAACCUUCUGCUGGCCUGGCUCAGCAGGGUGUUAUUAUCUACCUGUUGUUCUUUAUGCACUGAAUAAAGUUUCUUUUACAGUCUGUUUUUGAAGAAAGUUGACAUAAUACAUGAAACAUUCUGGGGAUCACCAUAUUUAUUGAGUAUGCAUAUCUGAAUAAAAGGCAACAAGCUGUAUGAAAACUGAGACAUUUAUCAUAUUUAAAAUCCUUCCAAUAGAAAUCUACCGGGUGUGAAGCGGGUCCAUAAAGUUUGUUGCAAAAGAGGGAUGUCUUGCAUAUAUUGACAUCUUCCCUUGUUUGGAUAGAUUCUGUAUUAUUUAUUUCCCCUUUGUGUACAUUUUGGUGUAGAUGUUGCCACCAGACAAGAUAUAACUUUUCUCGACUAUCAAUCCCUUUUGUCACAAUAAGCAUUGCCCUAGUUUUGCACCUUGAUUAAGUGUCUUGUAUCAUAAAAUAAAUAAUUGAAAAGUU